GUGGGACUUCCUGUCUCGUGUAUCCAAGGUCCUCCAAAGUGAGGACAGGCACGGAGGACGAGGGUGUUAAGAGCGGUGACGGCGAGUCUGGCAGCAGAUUAGCUGGGGCCUAGUGCACGGGUUCGGAGAGGGCCAUGGAGGUGCGGCCGCCGGCGCCACAGAGCUUCCUCUGCAGGCAGCGGAGUACUUUCCCUCGGGUUUUUGCUGCGGGAGCUGUGGCCGCCGAUUCGGAGGCUCUCGCGAAGAGAGAGAAGCUGUCUUCCUACGUCCCGGAGCCCGAUUACUCGGAAUCCGGAUGGGACCGCCUCCGGGACCUGUUUGUCAAAGACGAACAACAGAGAACGUCAAAGGAACUUGAGAAUAUUUAUAAGGCAGCAGUUUCAGCAGGCAUCAUUGGCUGGGCAUAUGGGGGAAUACCAGCUUUUAUUCAUGCUAAACAGCGCUAUAUUGAGCAGAGCCAAGCAGAAAUUUAUCAUAACCGUUUUGAUGCUGUGCAAUCUGCACAUCGUGCUGCCACACGAGGCUUCAUCCGGUACGGCUGGCGCUGGAGUUGGAGAACUACAGUGUUUGUGACUAUAUUCAACACAGUCAACACUGGUCUAAAUGUGUACCGAAAUAAAAAUGCCCUAAGCCAUUUUGUCAUUGCAGGAGCUGUCACAGGAGGUCUUUUUAGAAUAAAUUUGGGCCUGCAUGGUCUGGUGGCUGGUGGCAUAAUUGGAGCCUUGCUGGGCACACCUGUAGGAAGUCUGUUGAUGGCAUUUCAGAAGUUCUGUGGUGAAACUGUCCAAGAGAGAACACAGAAGGAUCGCAAAGCACUCCAUGAGCUGAGACUGGAAGAGAGCAAAGCCAGACUACAAUUUACUGAGCUCCUCCCUGAAGAAAUUGAAAAUAGCUUACAGAAAAAUCGAUCCAAAGAUGAUGUUAAGAAAAUUGAAGCACUGCUAAAUCUUCCUAGAAAUGCUUCAUCAACAAAUAAACAAGACAAAGACUGAAAA